AUGAACACCGUAACCCCGUCCUCUUCAAACUGCCAAACGAUAGAUCAUAUAGCCAGAGAUUCUACCGUAAUCCUCAUCGAACUUUCAGAGGUACUGUAGCGCUUAUUCUAAAAAAGUUACUGUAGUGAAAUUGCAGGUGAUACUCGCAUUUUUGACAGUCGGCUGUGUAAUUGUCAGUCGUGCCUACCAAGCUACCGUAUACUUCCAUUCAAAUUUGAAGGUUUUUAGGACUACCGUAACUUUUUUCUUACGGUGAUUUUCAGAAUCUCAUCAGAUUUUAUCAUUUUUCACUGAUAGCCUUCUCGUUGACGUCUGGAUUUACGCAGGUAAGCGUUAAGGGGUCACUUAAGAGGUGGAAAUGUUAUAAGUUCCUUUAAAAUCUGAGGGAUCACUUUAGGGGUGAGAAAGAUGGAAUGUCUUUCAGGAGGAUAGCACAAAAAGGGCCAUUUUUCAAGUAGCUUCUUAAGAAUUUUGAUGACGUCAAAAAUAUUUUUAAGUGUUCACUUGAGGGAUAAAAGUACUUAAAAUUAAGCAUUCUAGCUGUAAAAAGCUCAGGAAAACUGAUUUAAUGACGUAUAAAAAACUGCUGAUGACGUCAUAAAGCUUCCAAGUACUCACUCAAGGGUUUAGGGUUUCAAAUGACUUAAAAAAGACUAUUGAUGACGUCAUGAAGCUCUCAAGUACUCACUCAAAGGUUAGGGUUUCAAAGGACGUAUAAAUGGCUUUUGAUGACGUCAUUAAGCUCUCAAGUAGUCACUCAAGGGUUUAGGGUUUCGAAGGACGUAUAAAUUUCUACUGAUGACGUCAUGAAGCUCUUAAGUACUCACUCAAGGGUUUAAAAAUAUGAAACUGUUUCAAUUCCCCUUUGAGCAGCUCUUAAAAAUGAACACUUAAGUAGCCCCUCCAGACACUUGAUUACGUCCUAGGAAGAGCUCACUUAAGUGAUUUUUCAGCUUUUCCAUCUCGUCUCUCCGAUCCUUUUCGAAGGUUGUGAUAUUCCAGUGGCCGUCUGUGCAUGCGCCAUUCCUCGCAUCAUUAUUUCAGCUGUCAAUAUGAGUAAGUCCCGCCCCUUAUUGCUCAUCUUACAAGGUUUUUUAAGUGUACGCAUUGCUCAUGUUAGCCAUUCCGUUGGAGCGAACUUUCGCCACUUGGACCGUCGGCGCCUAUGAGAACCGCGAUGGGACUCUUGGCGUGAUUUGCGGCUAUUUUAUUGUAAGAACCAACUUAAGGGAUUUAAGCUAAAAUGACGUCAUCAUUCAGGUCUUGAUUUCUUUGGCCUUUGCUAUUCCUUACAACAGCGACGAUUUUUUCUCCAAAAAAAGUACGAGUAAUUGUAUUUAUGACCGAUUUGGUAUUGUGACAGGAGCCACAGUUACGGUGAGGGUUACUGUAGGUUUCUUGUGAAAUUUAGCAAUUUCAGACUUUUCUCAUUCUCGACGGGGCAUCCUUGUUUUUAAUAUUCGCUUUAUUGGCGUAUAAUCGGUAUAAAUUGACGAGGUUGGUUUUGAAAAUCGGAUUUUUGAGUGGAAAUUCAUUUUCUAGUGGUUUUUUUGAACUAAAAUUCGAAUUUUGAAUUCGAAAGCCAACUUUUUUUUUGAAUUUUUAGUUUUUUAAAAAUCUCGAGGUGUUCAGAGUUAAGCUGGAAUGACUUAUUGUCAUUAGAAACUUCAAAAUUUUUUUGAAAAUUUUUAAAAAAAUCAACAGGGAAAUUGGGAUACGACUAUAACUUUUUUCUUAAUUUCGAGCAGAUUUUCAAACCUUUAGCUCAUACUUAAAAACAAAUGGUCGCAUUUGGAAUGGCUCAAAGCUUGACAGUUUCAAAUCGCACGCUUCAAAAUGCGCCCGACCUUAAGCGACUUGCGCGAAAAAAUCUUUUGGAGACAAAAUUUAAGCCGCAACGCUUCUAGACAUUCCAAGUGCGGUCACGACUAUUCUUUUCAAGAUUUCACCCGUUAUCUCGCUUUUUGAACCAAUAAUUCUUUGAAACUCACUGAUACUUCUCAAAAAAGCUGGCGACGAAUAAGUUGUAGCUAGGAAUACUGAAGAAAAAAUCCCAAUAUAAAAAAUUUUCCAGGAAAACCUACUCGCUAUCGAUCGAAUUUCAACUGCACCAAAAUAUCCGGGUCUUGAACUUGUUCCUGCCGAAUCUGCUGCUUCACACGGUUGCCUACUUGUGGUACACCUUGGGCAAUUAUUAUGUCCCUUCCUUCAAUCUGGACCCUCUGAAACAUCGCAUUCUCGUCAUGUUGGCCAAUGUGAGUUUGAAAAUUCUUUCAAAAGAACUGAGCCAGUGAAAAUUGACGUUAACAGGCAAAUCUUGAAACAGCCUGACUUGUCUGCGCUCUCUGUUCUCUCGUCCAUAGAGCGCGAGGAAGAUGAAUUCCACUUCCAUAUUUUUUCAUCCAGUAACUCUGAUAAUUUUAAAACAAAGAGAUUGGACCAGUUAUGUUGACCCAUUAACCCCUAAAGUGACCACUAAAAUUUUUAGUGGUCUGGUAGUAGCACUUAGACCUCUAUAGUGGCCACUAAUUUUCAACCCUUAAGUGGCCACUAAUUUGACUACUGUAGAGGCCACUGAAACGUCAAAACCCUAUAGGUACCACUAAAAAUUUUCCCAGUAGUUCGUCCGCCCCGACUUGACAGUUUUCGCGUGUCUGCGUCUCUCCGUUCCCUCACCGGCGAGGUCAGAAAAACAUUAAAAUAGCACGCAAACAUGAGAGAGACGUCGAGAGAUAAGGAGGGCGCAGAGAAGUCGCGAAAAACGGACUAUGAAAAAAAUUGAAUCAUGAAUUCCAGUGCCUGCCCCUGUACACCUUCCUGGCGUCGCUGCGAUGGCUAUUCGUGGUUCGCGGCGAGCGACAUCGCCGACGGACGUGUUGCGAGAGAGUCGCGACAUCGCGGACCAACGAGAAGGACCUCUACUUUCAGUCGCUGCAGGACCAGUGGUCGCGACAAAUCGUUCGCGCCCCCGCUCGCUCCGGCGGCGGAGGCAUUUUCAGUGUCGGGAAAGCUGUUUAG